AUGGCGCUGAAAGUGAAGAAGGAAGCUCCUGCCCCUCCCAAAGCCGAAGGCAAAGCGAAGGCCUUGAAAGCUAAGAAGGCGGUGCUGAAAGGCGUCCACAGCCACAAGAAGAAGAUCAGCACGUCACCCACCUUCCGGCGCCCCAAGACCCGGCGGCUACGGAGGCAGCCCAAAUACCCUCGAAAUAGCGCCCCCAGGAGGAACAAGCUUGACCAUUAUGCCAUCAUCAAAUUUCCCCUGACCACCGAGUCAGCCAUGAAGAAAAUAGAAGACAAUAACAAACUCGUGUUCAUUGUGGACGUCAAGGCUAACAAGCACCAGAUCAAACAGGACGUGAAGAAACUCUACAACACUGAUGUGGCCAAAGCCAACACCCUGAUAAGGCCUGAGGGUAAAUAG